CCCUCUUGAACAUAACGUAACAUUAUGUUUAUGUAUAAUGUGUUCUGUUCCUUUUUGCCAGGUGUCGGACUCGCUGCUGUAGUGAUGUCAUUUCUGCUAAAUGUUUAUUACAUUAUUAUCAUCGCAUGGGCUCUGUUAUAUCUUUUCCAUUCGUUUAGCGCCACUUUACCAUGGGUUGACUGCGAUAACUGGUGGAAUACGGAAAACUGUACAACCAAUUACACAUACGUGGAUAACAGUAGUGUAUCUACCACAAUGGAAUUUUGGAAGCGGUACAUACUAAGAGAAACGGAGGGUAUCGAUGAGGUUGGUCAGCUCCGGUGGCAGUUGUCCCUCACCCUCCUGAUAUCCUGGAUCCUAUGCUACUUUUGUAUAUGGAAAGGGGUCAAAUGGACUGGCAAGGUAGUCUGGUUUACAGCUUCCUACCCGUAUGUUAUGUUGAUAAUCUUGUUUAUUAGGGGAGUAACUCUCGAUGGCGCUGUUGACGGCAUCAUUUUUUAUAUCAAACCAGAUUUCAAUAAACUUCAAGAAUCAGAGGUUUGGAUUGAUGCAGCUACUCAAAUCUUCUUCUCGUAUGGAAUCGGGUUAGGUUCACUUAUUGCACUGGGGAGCUAUAACAGUUACCACAACAAUGUAUAUGCGGAUGCGCUAAUCGUGGCAUGUGUUAACAGUGGAACAAGUAUAUUCUCUGGCUUUGUAAUAUUCUCUGUCAUAGGUUACAUGGCGCGUACGCAAAAUAAGUCGGUGUCAGAAGUAGCAGAUUCAGGUCCAGGUUUAGCAUUUGUAGCGUAUCCCUCAGCUGUAGCAGAGAUGCCUAUCUCACCGCUUUGGGCUUGCCUCUUCUUCUCUAUGUUAUUCAUGCUGGGAUUGGAUAGUCAGUUCUGUACCAUGGAAGGAUUUUUUACCGCCUGUAUGGACGAAUGGCCUCGUUACCUCAGACGUUACAAAGAAAUUUUCAUCGCAAUUGUCUGUUUCUUCUCCUACAUUAUAGGGCUUAGUAUGGUGACAGAGGGUGGUAUAUACGUCUUUGAACUUUUCAACACGUACUCAGCAAGUGGUAUGAGUCUGCUGUUCUUGGUAUUUUUUCAGACUGUCGCCAUCAGUUGGUUUUACGGGGUCGACCGUUUUUACGAAAACAUUGAAAAGAUGAUUGGAUACAAACCAAAUAUCUGGUGGAAAUUAUGCUGGCUUGUUUUUACACCAGCCAUUACAGCGGGAGUGUUUAUCUUCAGUCUUGUAAAAUACACUCCGUUAACAUAUGUGGAUUAUGUGUAUCCAGAUUGGAGCUACGCUAUCGGUUGGAUGCUAGCCCUUAGUUCAAUGUUGUGUAUUCCUGGAUAUAUGGUGUAUCUUCUAGCAAAAACGCCUGGAACAUUGUACGAGCGCUUCGUGAUUUGUAUAACUCCUCAAUGGACUGAGAGUGAUUAUGCGAGAGGGAUUCCCGUAUCUGACUACAAAGUGAGCACAUACGUUAACGCCACACCCCAGGGUUACCAGGAAGUAGUGAAUAACGAUGAAUGCAAGGUUUAAUCUGGCGGCAAUGCAGUUAAAAAUACACAUAAGAAAGUAUGAAUGAUAUCUGAACAGACAUGGAUAGGCCAAUGGUGGAGAGGCGUUUGUGAUGACGACAUAAUAAGUCCUAACAUAAGUGUUGUGACAGAAGAAGUUGAUUGAUGAUUAUACCAUUGUAAUGAUAAAUACUUGGAUAAUUUGCCAUCAAGUUAUGACCAAAUGACCUGUUUUCGGUCACCUGUCAUUCAGUUAAAAACACUUCAGGUCCAUGAGAACACUAUUUGGAUUCGACAUGUUGUAAAAUAUUUUGUCACUAUAGGGUUGAUAAUUAAUUAGAUAGGCCUAUUAAUUAAGGUGUUCAUAGUCAGUGAGAAUAAUCAACAAGCGAUUGAAGAUAGACAGGUAGAGAAAACUAGGGAUACAUAAGUUGGAUGAUUUAAUAAGUUUGUUUUGAAAAAAGAAUAUGGAAAAUCAGAAUUUACAUAGAACUUAUAAACAAAACAAAUAAUACAUUAAUUACAAAUUAUAAUGAAAAUAAUAAUAAUAACAGGACUAAUAAGACUAGUAAUAACAACAUGUUAUAAUAAUAAAUAUUAAAUAUAAUAAAUAAUAAAUAUUUUAUUUUAUUAUUAAAUCUAAACGAACAAUUAAGCAUUUCCCUGAGUGGUGGUAGCCUCGUUCGCCUAUUAUUAAUAGCCGAUAAUAAAGAACGUGUGGUAUUGCAAUGAUAAAUUGUUAAAUUGAUGCUUUUAAUUUGAAGUACCGGUACUAGGCCUAUUUCUGAAAAUGUUAACCAGAGCAAAAAAAAUGUAUUUCAGAUAUUGGACGUUCAUAAGAAUAAAUUUGAAUAACCAUUUAGUGGUAAUAUUCCGUUCAGCAGGGAUCAGAGGGAGAAUCCAGUAAAGAUGACACAUAUUUUAUAGUAUUUCAUUAUUCAAAAACAUUACAUAUUCCCUGAUAUAAGCGCUAUAUAAGAACGAAAUAUUAUUAUUAUUAUUGUGAUCCACACUGAAAAUGACGGAUCGCGUGUCUGUAUUUGCAAAACAUACUACAGUGUACUAGUAAAAUCCAUAAAAUUAAGACGUUUGAUAAAACUUUAUAAAACUGGCAUAUUACACUAUUAUUAUUUAAGCAUAAUAACUGUUCUCUUGUAUGUUAAAUCAGGGUAUAUGAAUUAGCCUAUUAAACGUGGCGAUGUUUUUCGCUGUAUAGAUGGAUGUUAUUUGUCACAAGUUCUGAUGAAUUAGCUACCGAACGACAAAUUUGAUAGAGUAAAAAUGCCAUAACAUAACAGUAAAGGUUUUGUGAAUAUUUGUCUAUAUAUUAUAUAUAUGUUAAGUUUUCUUAGUCUACCAUAGAAAGGUAGGCAUAGGUAGCAGGUAUAUGGGUCGUUUUUUUUAUAUAAAUGUAAGGUAUAGCUUCAGGAUUCUACAUGUAGGUCAACUCUUCACGUUAUUUUUCCUAUAGAGUUAACAUUUAAAUCGGUCACUCUUGGCGGCCCUAGCACACACAAAACGUUGUUAUUAUAACAUUCACGAAAAACCAUGUGGACGCUGUGGAUAUGUUGUCAAAAAAAAUACGAGCGGAAAGCUGCAGCAUUUAGUCAGAACUUACUAUACGUUACAAGUACGUAUUUAUAGUGGAAACCAAACUUAAACGGUAUAUAACGCAAACAAUUGUUAACUUGGCUAAUACUAUCACAUCAGUGCAUGCAUUGACUGUUGAUACAUAAUACAGAAUUGUUUAUACACGAUACCAAGAUAUUAAAACAUUUUAAAUUUUAUAUUAUUAAUAGAAUUAUUAGAAUUGUAUUAUACCAUUUUAUUAUAGUAUAUAGAUCUCACUACUGUGUAUAUAGUAACAUUAUAUAUUCUAUAUUAUAAUAUUUUCAUUUCAUAAUAGAUACAUUGUUAUUACGAGUAAAAAUCUAUAAAACUCUUAGGUGGUCUAGUCAUGAACGUUUUUGUAGUGUAGUAUUUAUAAGUCGAGCUAUAGUCAUAUUGCAGCUCCGGCCUCUAGAAUGGAAACAUACGGUAUUAUGAAUAAACAAUGUAUAUUCCAAGCUCUGGAA